CUAGUACAGCACACAUACAACAUGGCCAGAGGAGGAAGAGGAGGAGGAAGAGGUGCUGGUCGUGGUCGCGGAAGAGGCAGGGGAGCUGGACGGCGCGAACCACGGCCAAGAGAUGAGAACUGGAUCCAGAGCGGGCUUGACCAGACCAACAAGAAGUUCGAGGCAUACUACAUCGACCAGGGCAUCGUGGAGCCAGAAGAGUGGGGCGCUUUCAUACAGACGCUUAGGGAUCCGCUGCCCACGUCCUUUCGCAUCACCUCGGGCAAGUCGACGACGUCGGUCCUCCUCAGGCAGAUGCACGAGACCUACCUCCCCUUCUUGACCGGCGUCCAGUAUGAAGGAGAGACGAUUCCGGCCCCCAAGGUGCUUCCCUGGUAUCCCGAGGGACUUGGCUGGCAGAUCGAUGUCCGCAAGAAUGUCUUGCGGAAGACGGAGCAGUUUAAGAAGUUUCAGCACUUCCUCGUCCACGAGACCGAGGUCGGCAACAUCUCGCGCCAGGAGACAGUCUCGAUGAUCCCGCCCCUCUUCCUCGACGUCCAGCAGCACCACAUCGUUCUCGACAUGUGCGCUGCUCCAGGAUCAAAGACGGCACAGCUCAUCGAGGCUCUCCACAGCCCCCUCACGACGUCUCCAGAGUCCUUUGACCCGUGCCCUCCGGGCUUUGUCGUCGCCAACGACUCUGACGCCAAGCGGGCGCACAUGCUCGUCCACCAGUCCUCGAGACUUCCCUCACCAAACCUCUGCGUGGCCAAUUGCGACGCGUCCAACUGGCCCUCGGUCAAGGUUUCGUGGAAGAGCGAGGCAGCCGAGGCAGCGGUCGAGGAAAGGACGAUGCGCUACGACAGGAUCCUGGCCGACGUGCCCUGCUCGGGCGACGGGACACUGCGAAAGAACCUGCUGAUCUGGAAGGAGUGGCACCCCAACACGGCGUCGAACCUGCAUAACCUGCAGCUGCGCAUCCUCAUGCGCGGUCUGCACUCGCUCCGCCCCGGCGGUCGACUGGUGUACUCGACGUGCAGCCUCAACCCGAUCGAGAACGAGGCGGUGGUGGCUGCCGCGCUGCGCGAGUGCGCCGGCUCGGUGCACAUUGUCGAUCAGUCUGACGUCAUGCCCGACCUCAAGCGGAGACGGGGCCUGGCGACGUGGAAAGUCUGCCCGGGAAAGGGAAAGCACCUCUUCGAAGGUGGGCGAUUCGUCGAUGCAUCCUCUUCUUCCUCAAAAGGGAAGAAGGUAGAGGUCGAAGGCGCAGAGAAUGGCGAGGCGGCGGCGGAAGAAGAGGAGGCAGCGGCGCCAGAGCCGGGAAGCGCCGCAUACAGAGCGACGCUGCCCCAAGUACCCUACGUCUCGUCUUGGCAGCGUCUGCAAGAGCUCGACCCCUCGCUGGCCGAGCGCACGUCCAAGACAAUGUGGCCGCAGGGCGACGAGGAGGAACUCGGCAUUCGGCACUGCAUGCGCAUCGUCCCGCAGGACCAGAACACUGGAGGCUUCUUCGUGACCGUCUUGGAGAAGAAAGCGUCUGGCGAUGCCGAGGAGAACGAGGGCAUGGCUGUGGGCAUGUUGAGGGCCCUCGACAUGUUGGAUGCGGAGAGGGAGGCGCAAGAGGCGCAGGAGGCAGAGUCCACUGCGAAGCGACCGCUCAGCCCCGACGGUGAAGCCGAGGAAGACGAGGCUCCGGCGAAGAAGGUCAAGCAGGAUGGCGAAACUGCAGAGGUAGAGACAGAGGCGCAAGCAGAGGAGAUGGGGCAGGAGGACGAGGCAGAGGAAAAGCCCGAGGGCGAGCAUUCAGAGAACGAGGUCCCCGACGGGCCAGACACCAACGUCAAACCCGACAACCAUGCGGUGGACCGACAGAAGGCUCGAUUGGGCAACCACGACAACGGCGUCAACUCUGGAGGGAUGCCCUAUCGCGAGGACCCUCUUGUCCACGUCUCGCAGAGGAAUCCUCAGGUCCACUCAAUCGUUGACUUCUUCCACUUUACCGACAAGUUCAACCCCCGGAACUUGCUGGUGCGCAACAAGGAUGGUCAACCUCUGCGGUCUGUCUACCUGACAAGCAACUCGAUCCGUGCAUUGAUCUCGGGAGGGGGUCCAGGCAAGGGUGCACAUCCAACGGCAAACCCCAUCAAGAUGCGCUUGAUCAAUGCGGGCACCAAGGCGUUUGGCAGACAAGAAGGAGGCAGGGAUCCGAAGCUACAGUGCAAGUGGCGCAUUCUCUCUGAUGCCAUCCUGGCCCUGCGUCCGCUGAUGGCGCCCAGCAACAUCCUGAAGGCCCAGAUGUCUGACCUGGCCUAUCUCGCUACGCACCACUACCCCACCCUCGAGAGCCUGCCAGAGGAAGACGACAAGCCCGACAGCUUUUUCAGUCUCGUGAAAAAGGACUUGCGAAUGGGCAGCCAUCUCGUGGACGUCAUGCCAGGGACAUGGACGAGCCCGUUCGACGGUGAGACAAAGACGCUCGACAGCCUCGUCACCGUGCCCAUUUGGCGCGCAGCAGCCAGUGUCAACCUCAUGUUGGACAAGCAAGAGAAGAGUGCACUCUCAUUCCGAGUCUUUGGCGCCGACCUGUCGAACCCGACAGGCGAUCGUCAAUUUGCCGUCAACAAGAACCAGCAGGCUCAGAUGAAGGCAAGCGCAGAGAAGAGGGCCCAGAGGGAAAAAGAACAGCAGCUCGUUCUGGACGAAGAGGAGCUACAGAGGCUCGAGAACGAGGGCUGAUCUCUACUCUUUCCUGAUGAAACAAAAAUUUAUCGAUAAUCAAGGGGUUCCUUCCUAUUGGGCAAUUAGACUAUGCGUUCGUGCAUGACUUAAGAC